AUGAACGGAUUUGCUAUGCCACAAGACAAACCAGCCUCCGAGCCAGGCUUCUUCAGCUCUCCAUUGGGCAAGAUUGGACUCAACGUCGUUUUAUUUGUGGCCGGUGUUGCCUUAAUCCAGUCUCCAAUCAUGGACAUGUUGGUUCCACAAUUUGAUUAG